UUCUAAGUGUGCAUCAUCAUCAUCACAGAGCAGACUAGUGCCGGGAGUUAUUUUUGCUCCCGCCAGAUGAGAGGCUGCAGAAGCGCAGGGCGGAGGUGCACACUUUUCAUUCGGGGAGCGUCUGCACAGAGGCUGGCAGAGGCUGGUGGCAUCUCGCAUGGUAAAGCUGUGAUUUUUUAAAUAGUUCUACCUCUUGUGGCAGGCACGGGCAAGGCCUGAGCCACCCGGCUGUAAUAAAAAAAUGCGAGGAGUUCAUCACCUCAGGAUACCUGUGUGGCUGGGGAUCUGUUUGGCCCAGGUGUUAUUGAUCACGUGCCAGGAGGUUAAGAUUGAAGACGCAAAAGGCUGUAAAGAUGGAGAUCUGACGUAUUCAGAAAAUGAGAUCUGGAAGCCAGAGCCCUGCCGACUGUGUGUAUGCGACAAAGGAACCGUGAUCUGUGAGGAGAUCCGAUGUGAAGAGCUGAAGGGAUGCGAGCAAUUCUUGAUCCCGGAGGGGGAGUGCUGUCCUGUGUGCCAAACCUUCGCCAGUGCGCAUGGCAGGAUCGAAACAUUGGCUUUUAAGGGACAAAAAGGUGAACCCGGUGACAUUCCUUAUAUUGUGGGAAUACCUGGACGCCCAGGACCAAUGGGUCCCCCAGGAACAGACGGCCGGCCAGGAUAUCCAGGAAGCAAAGGAAGACGAGGUGUUCCAGGUCCUCCAGGUUUUGAUGGCGAGCCAGGUGUGCCAGGCAUGCCAGGUGAGCCUGGUCCUAUAGGAACGUCACUGCCUGGGAGUCAGUUUGCAUCUCAUAUGGCCUCCGGAUUCCAGGGUGGAAAGCUUGGAUUGGCAGGCAUGGUCACUGGAGCACCGGGAGAAUCAGGAUCAAGAGGUCUUCCAGGCCCAGCAGGUCCACCAGGGCCAACAGGAGCACAAGGUGCACCAGGAGAUGCGGGUGAUCCUGGACCCAUGGGUUCUUUUGGUCCAAGAGGUCCAGAUGGUUCUCCAGGAAAAGCUGGUUCAGAUGGUGAGCCUGGACCCCCUGGAAAUGCAGGAGAAAAAGGAUACCCUGGCUCUCCAGGCUCCAGAGGAUUUCCAGGUCUACCUGGUCAGCCUGGGUUAAAAGGUUCAAAGGGUCAACUGGGUCUGCAGGGUAUGAAAGGAGAGCCAGGUGCUGUGGGGUCAAAGGGAGAAUCAGGAUCUCCUGGUACCAUGGGACUUGUUGGACCACCGGGGCCGAUUGGUAUGACUGGCGAGAGAGGACGCAUUGGUCCCACAGGGACUGUGGGAAAACGUGGUCUUUCUGGAAAUGUGGGAAAACCUGGUCCAUUGGGCCCAAUGGGAAUUUCAGGAGGACCAGGAUUUCCUGGUAGUCCAGGGAUGAAGGGUCAGGCAGGAGCCACAGGUCCACGAGGUCCUAGUGGAUUGCAAGGCCCAAGGGGAGAAUCAGGCCGUCAAGGAUCACCAGGAAAACAGGGCACUCAGGGAUCAGCAGGACCAGAUGGUACUCCUGGAGUUAAAGGACCAGCAGGGAUUCCAGGUGUGCAGGGCCCUGUUGGUCUGAUUGGACAGCCUGGUCUACCAGGACCUCAAGGGUCGCCUGGACUUACAGGAGCCAAGGGUCAAUUGGGUGACUUAGGUUCCCCUGGGUUUAAAGGAGAACCAGGAGCUAAAGGAGAGGUGGGCCCACCUGGAGUUCAAGGCGAAAUGGGGCCAACAGGAGAAGAAGGAAAACGUGGUCCAAGAGGAGAUGGAGGGGCUGUUGGAGCCCCGGGUCCAAAUGGAGAAAGAGGAGCUCCAGGUAACCGUGGCUUUCCAGGAGCUGAUGGUUUGCCAGGUCCCAAGGGUGCACAGGGUGAACGUGGUCUGCCAGGCUCAUCAGGGCCUAAAGGUACAAGUGGAGACCCUGGCCGACCUGGAGAAACUGGAAUUCCCGGAGCAAGGGGUUUAACUGGUGCUCUGGGAAUGCAAGGUGCAGAGGGGAAGAUAGGGCCACAGGGAGCACCAGGAGAUGAUGGGAAUCCAGGUCCAGCUGGGUCUACUGGAACCAGAGGUGCAGCGGGAUCCAUGGGUUUGCCCGGACCUAAAGGCUUCAGUGGUGAUCCAGGGAAAGCAGGAGAGACGGGAUCAUCAGGUGCUCCAGGACAAAGAGGACCUAAUGGGAAAGAUGGAGAAGAAGGACCAGCAGGAACUACAGGACCUCCUGGUGUAGCAGGAAAGAGAGGGGAACAGGGACCUCCUGGACUAACAGGCUUUCAAGGUUUACCUGGACCCCCGGGCCCACCUGGACAGUCGGGAAAACCAGGUGAUGAGGGUAUCCAUGGAGAGGAAGGUGGUCCUGGUCUGACUGGACCAAGGGGGGAACGAGGAACCCCUGGUGAGAGAGGUGAUCCAGGUCCUAAUGGUUUACCAGGAGCCAAAGGAAGUGCAGGGGGCCCUGGACAUGAUGGUCCUAAGGGUAAACAUGGUCCAGCAGGAAUUGUAGGAGAACCGGGACCACCGGGUUUACAGGGCAUGCCAGGAGAGAGAGGAAUAAGUGGACCAGCUGGACCCAAAGGAGAAAGUGGUGCAAUCGGUGACAGAGGAGGAGAAGGGGCGGCUGGCAAUGAUGGUGUUCGAGGACUACCUGGACCUGUUGGACCUAUUGGACCAGCCGGCCCAUCUGGAGAGAAGGGAGAACAAGGCCCACGAGGCCCCUCUGGAUCUCCAGGCUCCAGAGCAAUGCCUGGCUCACCUGGAGAACCAGGUCCUAUUGGUCCUGUUGGGUUUGCUGGACCUCCUGGUCCUGAUGGUCAGCCUGGAGUUAAAGGUGAAACUGGAGAGGAAGGUGCAAAGGGAGAAGGAGGUUCUCCAGGGCCUCAGGGAAUGGCAGGGAAACCUGGGCCACAGGGAGUGGUGGGAAUCACAGGCCUCAAAGGUGGCAGAGGAACUCAAGGAGCAGCUGGUCCCAGUGGUUUUCCAGGAUUCGCAGGAGGUGUCGGCCCAGCAGGAUCUGCUGGUCCAGUUGGUGAGCCUGGUCCUAUUGGAGCUCCAGGUAAAGAGGGCCCAUCUGGGAUUCCAGGAGAACCUGGAGGUCCAGGCCGCCAAGGGGAGCUUGGAAACCCAGGGCCUGCCGGUGGCCCUGGAGACAAAGGUGAACCGGGAGAGGACGGACUGCCGGGUCCAGAUGGACCUCCAGGUCCCGGUGGAACUCCAGGACAGAGAGGACUUGUGGGUCUUCCUGGAAUGAGAGGAGAGCGGGGAAUGGCUGGCCUUCCUGGACCUGCGGGUCCACCAGGAAAAGCUGGUACUCAAGGUCCCCAUGGAACCAAAGGCGGUGCUGGACCCAUUGGUUUGCCAGGAGCAGCUGGACCCCGAGGAGAUGCUGGUGCAGAGGGUUUGCCUGGAGCUGAAGGAGUUCAAGGAGCCGAUGGGAUCAUUGGAGUCCGAGGUGACAGAGGAGACUCAGGACCAGAGGGUCUCGCAGGUGGCCAGGGAGCUUCAGGAUCCCAAGGGCCUGUCGGAACCCCUGGAGGUCCAGGACAGAGAGGACAUCAGGGUGCAAGAGGUCCACCUGGUGCUGAUGGUGCAGCAGGAAUCAGAGGGAAAAAAGGACCGCAAGGACCAAUGGGAGACAAAGGUGAAAAAGGAGAAGCGGGUGAUAGAGGUCAGAAGGGCCACCGUGGCUUCACUGGACUUAGUGGACUUCCUGGAGCACCAGGAGCUCCAGGCGAUGAUGGUGCUAUUGGAAUCAUUGGACCGAGUGGGCAAAGAGGACCCCCAGGCCCUGCUGGACCACCAGGAAAAGAAGGAGAUAUUGGUCCACCCGGAGCAUUGGGGCCUCCUGGGUCUCGAGGGGCCUCUGGAGAUUUCGGACCAGCGGGACCCACUGGAGAACCUGGCCCACCUGGACCUCCAGGUGCUCCUGGCCCCCCUAUAGCUGCUGUUGAUGACCUGUUUGGGACAAACUUUGACCUUGAUGUGGAAUCAGAGCCAGAGGAGCCUCCACCACCACCGCCAGAGUUCAACGAGGAUGAAGCUAGACCCAAUAAUGGAUCUGAGGCAGUUCGGGUCGACAGUGGGCUUCACCUGUCUCUGAAGAGCCUGGGGAGUCAGCUGGACAGCAUGCGCAGUCCUGAUGGCACGCGCCAAUAUCCUGCCCGCACAUGCCAGGACCUGAAACAGUGCUAUCCUCUGAAGAAGAGCGGUGAUUAUUGGAUAGACCCGAAUGAGGGCAGCACGAGAGACGCCAUCCAGGUGUACUGUAACAUGGAAAUGGGGGAGACCUGCAUCCCUGCCAACCCUGCCAGUGUCCCACGCAAGAAUUGGUGGACGUCUCAGUCCAGCAACCAAAAACCCGUCUGGUUCGGAGCAACUAUGAACCGAGGAACCAAGUUCACCUAUGGAAACAAAGAGGCAUCAGCUAAUGCAGUCUCAGUCCAGUUGAGAUUCCUCCGCCUGCUGUCAAAAGAAGCAUCACAGAGCGUCACCUACCACUGCAAAAACACUGUGGCCUAUAAAGAUGAGAAGAACAGCAAUCUAAAGAAGGCUUUAAUCCUGAAGGCUUCUGAUGGACAGGACAUCAAAGCAUACAACAGCAAUCGUCUGAAGUACACCGUCACCGCCGACGGCUGCUCAAAACCCAAUGGCGAAUGGGGUAGGACCGUUUUUGAGUACCGCACGCAAACACUUUCACGGCUGCCGAUUGUGGACUUGGCUGCAGUUGACGUGGGUGGCCGAGAUCAGGAGUUUGGUAUUGAUAUCGGCCAUGUGUGCUUCUCAUGAAACCAAGGAUGAAAGCAUUGUUUGGACUUGAGCGCUCGGCCAACACAAUAUUUAUUGUCGAAACAGCAUCUGCGAGGGCCUUUCUGACCUUUAUUUCAUGAUUAUUCAUGAUUUCCACUAGCCUUGUGGUCUAUGAGUCCAUGAGAGACUGUAUGGGCCCUUUAACUUGCACUUCGUACAGCAAGUGUUAUUAAAAUGUGCAAAAACAUUGAUUGAAAUUAUUCCAAGUCAUGUUUUACAACUCCAACUGUGCCUUGUCAGUCUAAUCUGUAUUUUAUUUGAAGAUGAUCACCAUUUUGCAGUUAUUUUGAAUGGAUUUUGAAGGUCAAGUGAAUGUGGAUGAGAGAAAUUGUUGUUGUUUUUGUGUUGUAUUUAAGUAAGAUCUUUAAGUUUACUUCUUAACUUUUUUUAAAAUGUUAAUAGCAAAGGGUUGGACAGAUGAUUCACUUAUGCUUAAUAAUUAAUGAGUACUCACACAAAAACCAAUGCUGGUCUCAUUAAAGGCUCAUUAGCCAACAAUACACGACAAGCAAACUCUUUACCCAGCUUUUUACAGCAAAAGUCCCAUUUGUACAAUUAAGUGGAGAGGGAAACAAUUGCUCAUAUAGAUUAAACAUUUGAAUUUCUUUUCAACAGAUCUCCAUUGAUUUUUGCCAUGAAUAAAUGUCUGAAAACAA